UGCUUUAUUCCAUAGAGCACCAUAUAAUCAUGUGACCUCUCUCCAGUACACAUGGAUGUGUGCACCAGUGUGUAUGGCACGCUGUGAGGCACGUCAUGUUGUGAUCUGUCAGCUGCUGCCCCUCCCCCUUGAGUGUUCCCUUCUUCCUGUUUCUGUCAUACACAUUCACUUAACUAAAGUUUGCUCCUAAGUUUUUCAUUGACAGACCGGGCUGCUCACAUGGAGAGGGAGCAGACAGCCAUGACUAUGGAGGACCUGCUGUCAUUCUCUCAUUUUCAGAAGCAUUUGAAGAACUCGUCUGACUACGGGUAUGGAGGAACUGUCCUAGAAAUGAGGAAGAAAGAGUUCAGCAGAAUUGCAGAUAUGACUUACCUUGAUCACGUUGGUGCAACCUUAUUUCCUGAAAGUCUACUUCAAGCGUUCAUGGCUGAUUUGUCCGAAAAUGUUUAUGGUAAUCCUCAUAGCAACAAUUUGAGCAGCAGGCUGACUCAUGACACAAUUGAACAUGUCCGAUACAGAAUAUUGCAACACUUCAAUACAUCUUCAGAAGACUACACCGUUAUCUUUACAUCAGGAUCUACGGCAGCUCUUAAACUAGUGGCAGAAAAUUUUCCAUGGACUCCCAGAAGUUCGAGCAAUGAAGGCAGCUACUUCUGUUAUCUGACUGAUAAUCACACCUCUGUGGUUGGAAUUAGAGGGCUGAUGAAAAUGCUAAAUGUCUCAUCUGUUCCAGUUGUACCCGAUGACCUUUUAAAGUCAGAAAAACAGACAUUUGAACCACAGAAUGACAGCACCUACCAUCUUUUCUGCUAUCCAGCGCUAAGUAAUCAUUCAGGCACCAAGUAUCCUCUCUCAUGGAUAAAAAAGAUCAAGACUGGAAAAAUGUUGCCCAUUAGGGCCCCAGGCAAUUGGAGCAUUCUGUUGGAUGCAGCAUCUUUUGUCAGUACAUCUCCAUUAGACUUGGCAGCAUACCAGCCGGACUUAGUAACCAUUUCAUUUUACAAAAUUUUUGGAUUCCCAACUGGCUUGGGGGCUUUGAUUGUUUCUAAUCGCAUAGCUAGACUUCUAAGGAAAAAUUACUUUGGUGGUGGAACUGCAGCAGCCUAUCUUUCAAAGGAAGAUUUCUAUGUGCCUAAAGAUUCAAUAAGUGACAGAUUUGAAGAUGGAACUAUUUCAUUCUUGGACAUAAUUGCUCUAAAGCAUGGAUUUGAUACAUUGCAGAAGCUUACUGGUGGAAUGGAGAAUAUUAGGAAUCAUACCCAUGCACUGGCCAGUUACACCUACUUUGUGCUUUCUGCUCUGCAUUACGCUAAUGGACAACCCGUAGUACAAAUCUACACUGACACAGAGGUCAGGACUUUCGAUGUACAGGGUCCCAUCAUUAAUUUUAAUGUGCUGGAUGAAACUGGAGGCGUAAUCGGCUACUCUCAGGUUGACAAGCUGGCUAGUUUGUAUAAUAUCCACUUCCGUACUGGCUGUUUCUGCAAUUCUGGGGCCUGCCAGAAGCAUUUGGGAAUUAGCAAUGCUGAAGUAAAAAGCUAUUUACAGGCUGGCCAUAUAUGUGGAGAUAACAUGGAUCUAAUUGAUGGACGACCUACGGGUUCUGUGAGGAUAUCCUUUGGAUUCAUGUCCACUUUUGAUGAUGUCAAAGUAUUUUUAAACUUUAUGGUAGACACUUUCAUAAAAAGGUCAGCACAAAGUACUCCACGUAUACUGGACUAUGAAAAAUUUUCUAAAAUCUGUUUGUCACAGUCAGAAACUAAUGAAGAGAAAAAUAUUAAUGUGAAUGGAAAAAUUACAGGCAACACAAUGAUCACCCAGAGUCACAUAUUUUCCAAUCUGUCGACAGUAGAACGUACUUGUAUAUGCAAAGGAAGAGAAACCAUGACAACAAAUGACAAGGCAAUCACGCUAAGUCAUAUCUAUCUUUAUCCCAUCAAAUCAUGUGCAGCAUUUCAGGUCUCCCAGUGGCCAGUGGCAGAGCAGGGUCUCCUUUUUGACCGGAACUGGAUGAUUGUUAAUGAAAAUGGAGUCUGCUUAAGUCAGAAGCAAGAACCAAGAUUAUGUCUUAUCUGUCCAUCAAUUGAUAUAAUGAAAGAUACUAUGAUUAUUCAAGCAAAAGGUAUGUCCUCCAUUGAAGUACCUCUGCAUGAUGAGAACAUGACAGCCCAAAUAUCUCAGAAUAAAGUUUGUGGAGAUCGGGUUCAUACAUAUGAUUGUGGGGAGGAAGCUGCGCAAUGGUUGUCCUCUUUCCUUGCCCGCAAAUGUCGAUUAAUAAGACAAUCAUCAAGUUUUCAUCGGUAUGCAGGUGCAAAGAAAAGAGGACCUGAGAAUGCAAGUUCACCUUCACUUUCUUUAGUGAAUGAAGCCCAGUACCUUCUGGUAAACACAGCAAGUGUUUUUUACCUAAGUCAACAAAUACCACUCAGAGAGGAUAUAGGCCAUGCUGAUGGAUCUCAAGCUGAUCAAAUGACUCAGCGCUUCCGAGCCAACUUAGUCAUUGACAGCAAUAUAGCUUUUCAAGAGGAGAAGUGGAAUGAGCUUUUCAUUGGCUGCUUGCACUUCAAGGUUUCAGGAAAGUGUACUCGAUGCCAAAUAAUCUGUAUUAAUCAAACAACAGGUGAAAAGAAGAGAGAGAUAUUUCAGACCCUAUCGUCCACCAGAGAAGGGAAGACUACUUUUGGAAUGUACCUUCUGAAUUCACCAUGUUCUAUCUACCUAUCUUUGCUCACAGUCGGCUCAGAGGUAUAUUUCACACUUACAGAUCCAGCAGAAGAUUCUUCUAAACAAUGAGGAAAUAUUGGAGUGUGAAUAACCUGUAGGUCAAACCAAAUUCUCCAAGAGGACACAGAUGCCUUCUAAUGAGAAAUGGACAUUUUGCUUUUGGCUCUGUUUGUUUUAUAUGCAUGUACUUUCAUUAGGAAAAUCAAUGUAAAGAAAUUCUGAAGAAAUUAGUCACACACCGAAUAUCUUGUUGCUUCAAACAGGUCAACUUUAAAGAGGUGUUACCAUGAUCCACAAACUUAAUAUUUUGUUAGGCUGAAUACAUUUCUAAGUCUGCCUCUGGAAAAUAAUGCAGACAUGACCUUAUUCCCUUUUACUUUCUUUUUGUGCUCUCUCCUUUUCAUUUAAAAAUCUUCAUGGUGGCCAGAGCUUUUGACUGUCACAUGGUUUGGUAAAUUAAGUCAUGGGAGAGAUUUAUCAAAACCUGCACAGAAGAAAAGUUUACUAGUUGCCCAUAGCAACCAAUCAGAUUGCAUUUUGAACCUUUUUAACCUCUUAAGGACAUAGGGUGUACCUGGAUGCCCUACACCCAGUCCCGGUAAAUAAAACAGGGUCACACUGUGACCCCGCAUCAUACCGGGACGGUCCCGGCGGCUAAUGAUAGCUGGGACCCUGGGCUAAUAGUGUGCAGCACCGAUCGCUGCCCUUUAGACGCGGCAAUCAAAGUUGCUCGCCGUGUCUGAAAUGAAAGUGUAAGCUUCCCGGCAGCUCAGUCGGGCUGAUCGGGACCAUCACGAUAAAAAUGCAAUGUCCCGAUCAGCUAGCAUGCGAGCGGAGGUCCCCUUACCUUGCUCCAUCGCGUC